AUGUAUUUUAUUGCUCAAGUACUGAAGAGCACGGAGUAUGGUAUCUGCCUAUUGCUCGGAUACUGUGUAUUCCUAGCAUUGUAUCGAACUCUCUUACACCCUCUAAGGCACUACUCUGGCCCUGCUGGUGCCAAGUUAACUGACUGGUACGCCGGGUAUGGAGCCAUCAAGGGUGAUCUCCAUUUGAGGGCAUGGGGAAACCACACUCAGUACGGACCCAUGGCCGCGCCGAAUGUCUACAGCAUUUUCAACGCACUAGAUCCGCGCAUGCAUCAUUCAAAGCGUAGGGCCAUCAGUCAGGUCCUCAGCGAGAGUUCUGUCCGGGCUUUCGAACCUGUCCUAGCAGAGCAGGUCGACAUCUUCCUACACCAGCUUAUGAACUCUGCGUCAUCUGAACCCGCGAAUUCCGAACCCGUGAAUAUAUCCGACCGGAGCAGAAGGUUCGGGAUGGAGGUGGCUGUACGUCUGGCAUUUGGACACUCUCUGGGUUUGCAGACGAGUGCGGCGUACCGCCCUCUGCUCGACGCGGUGGAGGUGGGAAAUUACCAGUUCAACUUCUUUAUGCAGCUUUUUCCAGGCGCUGGACGAGAUGAUCAGGUCAAGGACGUCCGUUCUAAGCACGCAGAGCAUGAUCUUUUGUCGUUUCUGCCGGAUGACAUGCCGCUGAGUGAGGUGUGGUCCGAAGGGGCAUUCUUUCUAAUUGCAGGAGGCGAUACCAUAGCGUGCGGGAUCAGCGCCCAGUUCUUCCAUCUGUCGAGGAACCCAGAAUGCUAUCGACAGCUGGCCGCAGAGAUCCGAUCCACGUUCAGUGACGGUGCAAGCAUAACCAGCUCUGCACAGCUCGCAAGCUGCCGAUAUCUGCGAGCAACAAUUGACGAGACUCUGAGGCUAUCACCACCAAUCCCUGGUACACUAUGGUGGGAACAAGCUUCUGAAGACAGCGGCCCACUCGUGGUGGACGGCCAUCUGAUUCCUCGAGGCACUCAACUCGGCGUGAACACGUACGCUCUUCACCAUAACGAAGACUACUUUCCAGAACCCCACACUUUCAGACCAGAGCGAUGGCUCGUCGGCAGUAGUCUUGCUGCCAAAACCACGAGGGGGGCUUUUGUACCAUUCUCCAUUGGGACUCGUGGAUGCCCUGGCAAGGUUCUGGCAUAUUUGGAGAUGAGCCUCAUCAUCGCAAAGACGCUUUGGUAUUUUGACUUUGAAAUGGCCCCUGGGAAGCUUGGUCUCAAAGGGCAGAGUACACGGAAUGAUAGUCCAUACGGGGAGAAUGGUUACAACCUGUAUGACAUGUUCGGGGCAUCACACGUUGGUCCGUAUCUGAGGUUUCGCCCUCGAGGCGAGGGGUCUAUUUGA